AUGGGAUCAGCUCUAUUCUGGUUCGACAAUUGGACUAAGAUAGGAGCCUUAUAUUUUCAAGUACCGGCAGAUUUUGGUAUCGAUGAGGAUAUUCAUAAUGUCAAUGAUAUGGUUGAAAAUGGUAUGUGGAAUGUGGAUAAAAUGUUUGAGAGCCUACCUGAAGGUUUGGCACACCACAUUGUGCCGAAUAUUAGACCACCAACUGAAAGUUCACAGUUAGAUACUCCUUUCUGGAUGCUUCAAACAAGGGGACAUUUUACAGUAAAGUCUGCAUGGGAUUACGUGUGGAAAGCCAAACUGCCACUUGAUGAUUUAUUGCGUAAACUAGGAUACUCAAUGCCAUCUAAAUGUUGGUGUUGUGCUGAUCCUAAGGAGGAGUCAUUACUACAUCUGUUCUUCACAUCCAAUGCAGCUAGAAGUGUUUGGACUUAUUUCCUGAGGAGAGCAGAAAUUGCAUUAGAUGGGUUGUCAUUACAUCACGCAAUUACAAAGUGUUGGACAACACCAAUUGUACCUAGAUUGAAGCCAGUAUUACAAGCUUUACCUGCAUACAUCGUUUGGGAACUUUGGAAGAGAAGAAAUAGUUUGAAAUAUGGAGAAGCAGUGUUAGUGAGCAGAGUUAUUUACCAGGUGUCGUCUACUGUGCAAGCACUUGUCCAACUGAAAAAGCCUGGACUACGUGUGCCUCAGAAGUGGCUAGACUUACUGACAAUGAUGGUGCAAUACACACCUCGACUGAAAUAUGAUAAAGUGUUAUGGGAAUUUCCUUCAAGAGGAUGGAUCAAAGUUAAUACGGAUGGAGAAUGUAGAGGGAACCCAGGGAGGAGUUCAAUUGGUUUCUGCAUAAGGGAUGAGGUAGGUGAUUUGAUAUAUGCAGAAGGAAGGAAAAUUUCUGAAGGAACCAACAAUGAAUUAGAAGCUGUAGCUAUUGUGGAGGCAUUGAAGAUGUGCAAAAAUCUUAAUUAUUUCCAGAUAUGGCUGCAGACAUAUUCAAUGCUGUUAAAGAACAUCAUAGAGGAAUCAUGGAAGCCUUCUUGGUAUGUUACUGAACAUGUAGCGGAGAUUUUAAGAUUGAAGGAACAAAGUAUCAUCAAGGUCACACACAUAUUCAGAGAAAGGAAUACAUUAGUAGACCACUUUGCCAAUUAUGCUCUAAAUCAAGGAAAUACUGAAUGUCAUGGUAUUUCAUCGAAGCUAAAGCCUAAUCUUACAGUAGAAUCUCAAGUGGUGGUAUUAAUGCAUUGCAUUCAAUCCACUGGGAGGACAUUAAAGUAUUCUAUAACUGGAUGCACGACUGCCUCCUUCACGACUGACUUGGGAAUGGGAUUGCUGCAAUUUUCAAUGGAUGCUUUUCCAUCAAUGCUUCAAGCGCUAAGCAAUGGAGACAGAAGAGUCAGCUCACGCCUGGUGCCUUUAAGGCAGGCUGGAUAA